AAAACUGGGGGUUUCGGAUGCGACUGCCGCUCACGUGCAUUUGACCGUGCUCGGCUUUCAUAUGUGUACAUCAUUGUGACCGAUCCCCCAGUCGAAGGGAAGUGCAGAAAAUCGAGUGGAGAAGGGACCUGAUUCCUUAGAAUAGCACAGCAUGGUUCGAAGAUACACCAGGAAAACUUCGCGCGGCGACUACAGCACCGAACAGGUCGAAGCCGCCGUCAAAGCGGUUCUGGGAGGUCUGAAACUAACAGAAGCGUCCAAACGCUUCUCCAUAAACAAAAUGACCCUCAACCGCUACGUCAAAAAGCUUCUGAAGGAUGUGCAAGGCGCUCAGGAAGCUUCCAGCUCCGGCAAAGUGAUCAGGAUCAGGAACAAAGCCGUUGUGAUUGGUUACACAAAAACGAAACGUUUGUUUUCCGCAGAAGAAGAGAAUUUCCUCGUUGGAGAGUUGAAACGCGGCAACGCUAGGGCGACUUCGGACGAUGUUCGCCGAGAGGCGUAUCGGCUGGCAGUGAAACUACAGAAAGAAAUUCCGAAGACGUGGACGAAAUCCGAGAUGGCAUCGUACGAUUGGUUGACUAGCUUCCUGGCUCGGCGGAAUGACAUCGCAGUCACGUACAAAAGGAAUCGGGAGCAGCACAAAGUUUCGAGUCGCUGAGGCUCAAUCGAUCUCGUCGUGCG